UCUCCCCUCCUCGAUCCUCGACCGUCGACCCUCUUUAUCGGUUCUUUCGUUUCGAUUCAGUUUCUGUUUCUUUUCAUGGGUGUCGAUCCCUUUGCUUUGGUUUGUCCUUUAUGUUUUUUUGUUUACCGAGAAAGUGGGCAUCUUGUUUGUUUUUUUUGAUAUACUGAAAUGUGGAAUUCUGUCUUUGGUCGGUCAUUGGAUGAGAUCUCUUUACGGUUCUCUCAGUAUCCGGAAAGCAACACCAAGAAAUGUUCACUUUUCACUACGAGUAUAAUAGAUAAAGUGUCUGUCACUGGGAGAGAUUUGGAAUCUAAUAGAUGCUUAGGUUCUUGAAAUGAUCCUAUUAUAUUCCUCUUGAGCUUUCCCACUUCAUCUCCAAGGAUCAAACUCAGCUGAACGCUCUGAUGAAUCCCCAGUCAACUCUUCUGGGUGUUAGAACGGUGAAGAUUAGCAAUGUUUCGCUUGCUGCCUCUAAAAGAGAUAUCAAAGAGUUCUUCUCAUUCUCGGGUGACAUUCGAUAUGUUGAGAUGCGGAGAGAGACUGAAGUGACUCAGGUUGCCUAUGUUACUUUUAAGGAUCCUCAAGGGGCAGAAACAGCCAUGCUCUUGACAGGAGCAGUCAUAGGGGAUCUUCCAAUCAGUAUUACUCCUGCAGAAGAUUACCAGCUUCCCUAUGAAGCCCUUUUCCUCGACUCGGAAAGUUCUGCAGCUACUGGUUUUACGGUCAAGAAAGCUGAAGAUGUGGUAAGCACAAUGCUGGCAAAAGGUUAUGCCCUUGGGAAAGACGCGAUGGAGAAGGCCAAAGAAUUCGACGAUAGACAUCACUUCACAUCCAACGCAUCUGCGACCAUUGCUUCAAUUGAUCAGAAGAUGGGUCUGAGUGAGAAGUUGAGCAUUGGAACAGCAGUGGUGAAUGGAAAGUUCAGAGAGAUGGAUGAAAGGUACCAGGUGACAGAGAUAACAAAGUCGGCCUUUGCAGUUGCAGAGCAGAAAGCAAUCAGUGCAGGAACAGCCAUAAUGUCCAAUCCUUAUGUAUCGACAGGAGCUUCGUGGUUUUCAAACGCGUUUAGUGCAGUGGCAAAGGCAGCUGGAGAUGUGGGCAUAUUGGCCAAAGAGAAAGCCCUCAAGUCUGAAGAGGAGAAUCUGAAGAUUGGCCACAAGGAAACAGGAGGGACCAUUGAUCAUUUGGAAAAAACCAGUAUUGGUGGCUUUUCUACCAGAGAUCCUCCAGUGGUGCCUGUUAGUUCUGUUGAUCCAUAACCCAGAAAAGAAAAUUCAAGUUCUUGAUUCUCAAUCUGAACGAUCAAUGAUUCUUUCAUAGUUUGAUGUGCAUAUCUUUCA